UCAUCAAUUUUAGAGUUAGUUUGCUGCCAACCAAUACGGCAAUGGAGAUGACACCCAUCGCUUACUUAAUCAUUCUACUCAAUUGCUGCAAAUGGGCAACAGCCACAAUUGAUGAAAGAAUUGUUGGUGGAUAUUUUGACAGAAUCGAAAACGUCCCCUAUACUGUAUCUCUGAAUACGAAACUGUUUGGUCAUUUCUGCGGGGGCAGUCUGGUGGCCAAUGUCUGGGUUGUGACGGCAGCGCACUGCCUAUGGGGUAAAAAGCCGUCAGACAUCUUUGUUCGUGCAGGAUCAACCUAUAAGAACAGAGGUGGUGAGAUACGAAAAGCAAAGAAGAUUAUCCUUCAUCCUUUGUACAAAAGAAUAGUGGAUGUGCCGUUGGAUUACGACAUUGCACUAGUGCAAUUGAAUAAGCCUUUAUCGAACAAUAGUGACUUCAUUGAAUACAUAUCGAUAAGCAAUCCAUUGGAAAAAAUACCGGGCGACCCUCAGUGUAUCGUUUCUGGUUGGGGAAUAACCAAAUCAGAAGUUGGCCAGUUUCAGCUUUUAAAGAGUGCAACUGUUAGAAUAGUGAAGCAUGAAAUCUGUCAGAAAACACUGUAUCAGAAGAUCAUUUCGAAGAAUAUGGUAUGUGCCGGAGGUCAGGAAGACGACGCCUGCCAGGGAGAUUCAGGAGGCCCAAUGGCAUGCAGAGGAAAGCUGCAUGGGGUGGUAUCUUGGGGAGAAGGGUGUGCCACGCUGGGUAAACCUGGAGUGUACGCGUACCUUCCUGAAUUGUGGGAUUUCGUCGCUGCACAUAUUUACAUGGAUACUGAUGAGAGUGAGGAUAUCAACAGAAUGCUUCCAAAAAUAAAACUUUACGGUAAAAAGUAAUUAUCAACACUCAAAUGGAGAGUCAGACGAAGUUUUUGUGAAAAUUCGGCUUCCACGGCAGGCGACAAAUAACAGUUAUUAGAAUGACCGAAAUUAUCAAAAAAGUGACUAAAGUGUUACAUUUACUUCUAACAAAACUUGAAAAACACGGACAAAAAAUUAUUCACAUUGAAACUAUAAUAACGCUUGUUGAAUUGUGCUUGUGUGGAUCAUAUUGACACCAACAUUUUAUUAGGGUUAAAAACGAUGUGAAAUUUUGUUUGAUUUAACCCUUUGAAGCCGAUUUUUUUCCAAACGUUAAUAUAGAGUCUUUUCUGCGUGUUUCUGUUGUUUUGAUAUAAUAUGAUGCUGAUUAUUUUGUCUGGAUAUCCUAGGUCAUCCAAACUAUUCUUGAGUUUAGAUCCUUAAGUCUACGGGUGUAACAGUAACUUCUAUCAUUAUACAAAGAUACGAUUUGUAUUCUAUCAUGUCUAGUAAAUCUUCUGAAAAUUCA